AUGCCACCCAAGCCGGAACCUAGACUGCUGACAGUGGCCGCAGCGCAGCUUGGGCCAAACCAGAAAGCCACUCCGAGAGCUGAGAUAUUGGAUCGUAUGCUCAAACUCGUGGACGAAGCAGCCGCCGCGGGUGUCAAACUCAUCGCAUUCCCCGAACUCGCACUCACAACUUUCUUCCCCACUCAGCUGAUGUCAAACCCAGAUGAGAUCGCGAGCUACUUCGAGCCCGCUUCACCCGCAGAUCCCUAUGGCGUGUUGUCCACACCCCAUGCAAAGCCACUGGUUGACAAGGCCAACUCUCUCGGAAUAGAUUUCUACUUGGGCUAUGCAGAGCGGUGGACUGCGGAUGGCAAGACGACGGAUUACAAUGCCACGCUGUACUAUUCUUCUAGUGCGAAGAAGGCCAUCGCCAAGUACCGAAAAGUGCAUCUGCCCGGGACGAAGGAGCCGAUUGAUGGGCCUGAGGUCUUUCAGCAGCUGGAGAAGAGGUACUUUACCCCUGGUAAUCUCGGGUUCGAGGCCUUUCGCGCACCGGGAUUAGUAGAAGGUGCACUCAAGGCCGAGGACGUAUCUGAGGAGAAACUCACGGCCAUCGAUGGCAAGGGAGAUCCUAUUCUGGGCAUGCUGAUUUGCAACGAUCGCCGAUGGCCGGAGGCAUGGCGUCCGUACGGACUUCAGGGUGUCGAAUUAGUCAUCGAAGGCUACAACACCACCGCCUGGGCUCCCCAGCACUCUGGUACCCCGGAGGAGCAACAAGCCCUUGCCGAGUUCCACCACAAGCUCUCGUGCCAGGCGGGGAGCUACCAGAACGCCUGUUGGUCCCUCCACGUCGCCAAAUGCGGAGUUGAGGAUGGCAUCGGGAUGAUUGCCGGGAGCAUGAUCGUGGAUCCGAAUGGGAGAGUUGUGGCAGAGUCCAAGACUAUGGGAGAUGAGCUUGUCGUGGCGACUAUCGACUUGGCUAUGUGUCGGUCCCAGAAAGAGAGGGUGUUUAACUUUGAGAGGCAUAGACGGGUUGAGAACUAUGGCAUUAUACUGGCGCAGGUGGGGGCGAAGGAGAUCCCGUUGUUGAGUCGGGCAUGAACGGAUUGCCAAUACCUUGCGUAGCUAGGGUGGAUGUGGCUUCUAUGAUUUUCGUUGUUUAAGAUGCCCAUUUCCGGCUGCAACGAAAGUUACGUAUGUGCCUUGCCUUAUCAAGUGUUUUCAGUUUGAUCCAGAACCGCCAGC